CGGAAAUUGCGUGUCGUUCGUUUCCGGUCUUCUUAAACAGCAUGGCGAACUUAGAGCACGCAGAAGACGACCCGAUUCAUGUGAAAAUGUCUGAUGAAAUAUCCGCCACCACUGCUGAAGUCCAACCGACCGAAGAGCCUUUUGUACCGGGCAGAGAUGCCGGCGCGGUCCCGUGCUCUAUCCCUUCGUUUGCAGCCGCCUCCGAGCUGCUGUCAGCGCCAUACUCGUGUCUGGUCAUGAACACGCACCGGAGACACAUUGCCCUGCCGCCCAUCUACCUGAACAAGAAGAGGACAGGUAUACAGGAGGAGCUGGAAGCCGAUCUGCUCAAGUUCUCCCAGAAUCUAAAGGGAGUACCCCUGGCUUACGACAACAUCAGGAUAGUGAGCCAGCAUGGAGGCAUCUACGACGACAGCGGCUACAUCCACAUGGACAUAGAGGCCCACUUUAUUGUCUUUCAGCCCCAAAGAGGACAGACAUUGUUGGGUAACGUGAAUAAACUAGGAGCAAGCCAUGUGGGCUGCCUGGUGCACGGCUGCUUCAACGCCAGCAUCCCAAAACCCAACCUGGUUUCUGUGGAAACGUGGCGGGACGCAGGGCCAAGAAUCGGAGCAGAGCUAGAGUUUGAGGUGACUGCACUUGACGCUGACACUGCAGGGGUGCUGCUGAUCAGAGGACGGCUGGACAGGACCAGGGUGCAAGAGCUGCUGGCUAUAGGUGAGAGCUCGGAUUUUGGCGUCCCUGCAGACGAGCCAGAACUAGCAGAGGCAGAAUCGAACCCAGAACCCACCGAGGAGUCUCCUGAAGACAACCCCAAGAAGAAGAAGAAAAAGAAGAAGAAAGACAAAGUCAAAGAGGAGGGUGGAGAAGAGGAGGUGACGAGUACACCCUCCUGCCAAUUGGAUGGCAACACUAGACCAGAUCUGAACGGAACAAUGAAUGAUGGAAAUGGCAAUGAAGCUGGUGAGAAAAAGAAGAAGAAAAAGAAAAAGGAAAAAUAUGUCAAAGAGGAGGAGGAGGAGGUGGAGAUCGCUCCCAUGGAGGUCCACGGCAGUGACUCCAGCGGUUACCUUAGUGACAAGCCAAGCAAAAAGAGGAGACAUGAAACUGGUAAGGAUGUCACAGUUAGUGAAGCUCCUGAACCACCAAAAUCCAAGAAGAAGAGGAAAAGUGACAUUGAGCAGUUUGCUUGAAAAAUGUAUCAUGUCCUGUAUUUUGGAAAUUGUUUGGAAAUAUGUAUAAUAAUUAAGGCAAUACAAAAAUAAUGACAACAAUGGUUCUCUUGGAACACAAAGAUGUGCCUUAACAAUUAAACACAAUUUUUUGCAAGCAAGAUAUCUGGUGGGUUCUUCUGAGCUCCUCUUAAAUCAUUUAAAGAGUGUCAGACUUGAAGAGGGAACCUUUCUACAGUCACAUGUUGUAGCUUGUGGAAAAGCGCGAGAGGAUGGAAGCAGACUUGACAGAUCAGUCCUCGUUGGAUUGCAACUUCCUUAAACAGCCUGAUGGGGGAGCAAAACUGCUUCAUAUAUCCACACUGGGACAAAAAAAAACACAGGAGUGAAACCUUGUUAACUACAUCUGUUUAAUAUGGUGCUGAAAGUAAAUAGGCCAUUAUUUAAUUUAUAGAGCCAUGUGGAAGAAAAAAAAAAAGUAUAUUAAUGCUCUGUACCUAUAGUGCUACAUUUUCUCCUGCUUGAAUAUUGAAGAAGGCAGGCUAGAUAACGGAGACUGCCGAGCUCAGUUAAGGUAAAUUCUCUUGCCUCAUGUGCCUCUUUGAAAAUAUUGUCUUGAAUAAUACCUGCAAUGGAAGGAGAAUGUUUUAUUUUUACUCCCAAAUACACACUCAGCUUCCUAGAAAUGCAGCAUGCACAGUAACAAACUGUGCAGUGACUAAUUAUUUGUGCUAUUUCACUGUCUGCCUUCAGUGCUGCAUUGACUGUUUUUAUGAAUCUGUUUUGAUGAAUGGAAACCAACAAGUGGACAUUGAAUAUUCAGUUUUAAUGCCAAUUAAAGAGCUCUAGAUUUUGAAAUGUU